ACCACCACCAUUUGAAUGUGUUUUCGUGCCUCGCAUGGCAGGCGCACAAGGGAAUGUUGUCGUUAAGGGAAAGCAACGACGAAAUGUAUACUUUGCGAAACGGAGGGCGAGCUCGAAGGAGAAGGGGGAUGACCCUGUUCCUGCAAAGGUUGAAAGAAAAGCUAAGAAGAACAAAGCCAACAGGGUUCCUACAGAAAUAGAAACAACGAGUACAGGUUGUAAAGCUGGACAGAAAUCGAGGUUCACGAAACUAAGAACGACAGCUCGCAAAAGAAAAGAUGCCUGCUGUGACGACGAGACGUCAAAGGAUGAUACUACAGUGGGCAAUCAAAGCUACACUCCGCUAGAGAAGCAAGUCAUGGCUAUCAAGCAAAGACAUCCAAACACAAUUCUCAUGGUCGAAUGUGGUUACCGGUUUCGCUUUUUUGGCGAAGAUGCAGAAAUCGCGUCGAAAGAAUUGCGCAUCAUGUGCAAUCUAAGUCACAACUUCAUGACUGCGAGCAUACCCAGCCAUCGGGUCCACAUUCACCUGGAGCGCCUCGUGCAGAAAGGGUACAAGGUCGGAGUAGUGCGGCAGACCGAGUCGGCCGCGCUGAAACUCAUUGGAGACUCCAAGUCUUCUGUGUUCUCUCGUGAACUAUCCUCACUUUUCACGAGGUCUACACUCAUCGGUGAAGAUCUGCCCCUUAUCGGUGAAGAUGCUACUUCGGGAGGGUACCUCAUGUCCAUUUGCCAGGCGGAAGCGCCGGUUCCGAAUCAUGUUCUUGUCGGGAUAGUGGUUGUUCAGCCAACUACUGGUGAUGUCCUUUAUGACUGUUUCGACGAAAAUCCUUACGGCAGUGAACUGGAACAGCGUUUGGAAUUCCUGCGCCCUGUCGAGGUUAUCCUGCCUGAGGGCUCCCCUCUGCAUAAAACAGUUGCUCAGUACCAAUCUUCGAGUCGAGAAGGUGUACGUGUCGAAUGCCUCGGCCCUUCAGAGUUUGAGUUUUCACCCUGCUUGGGAUCGCUGAUAGACUUUUAUGCAGACGGCGAAAGGUCAUGUGACGUGAAACAGCUUUUCGAGCUUCCUCCGGUUGUCGUUUCUUGUUUCGGAUCACUGCUGAGUUACUUAAAGACGUUUCGCCUCGAAACAGCCCUCAAUGAUCUCAGUCGUAUAGUCCCAAUGUCUCGAACUGGCAGCACGAUGCUGCUCCCAGCCCCUGCGCUGAAGCGGUUGGAGAUUUUUCGCAACUCAGUAGAUGGAUCUGCGCGGGGAAGCUUAUUCAUGUUUCUGAAACGUACGGUGACAGCAUUCGGCAGCCAGCUCUUAGAGUCUUGGCUGGGCCAACCGCUCUGUGAUAUCGGAACCCUUGAGGAGAGGCAGAAUGCAGUGGAAGAGGUUUUGACCUUAGGCCCACUGACCUUUGGCGAGCUCAAAAAGUUCAUGUCUCGUAUGCCGAAUGUUCAAAGGGGGCUCUGUGCGAUCCUUCACAAGAAGGUGAAACCGUGUGAUGUGUUUUUUACCCUGCUGUCACUGUCUUCGAUAUCCAAGAUGCUAAGAGUCUUGAGCUGUGACCUGCAUGCGGUGUUGAAAAGCUCCGCACUGAAGGAAUGCUUGCUCGGCAUUCCUGACCUGUUAAGAAACGUCGACGACUAUUUAAACCUGCUCAGUGAAGAUUCUGCGAAAAAGAACGACACCACAAAUUUACUGAAUGACCUGGCCUCGUACCCUGGCCUGCAACUCCAAAAAGAGGCAGUUGCAAAGGCCGAGGCAGAGCUACAAGAGCACCGAAUUUCCAUUGCCGCCCUCUUAGGUCUGCGGGACUUCGACUACAAAACUGUGAAUGGCCUUCCCUAUCUCAUCGAAGUCCCCAACAGGAGAGUUUCAUCCGUUCCGUCUGAUUGGCUGAAGAUGAGUGCGACUAAGGCAGUAUCACGUUUCCGAUCUCCCGAAGUGAAUAAGCUCUAUUCUAACCUCUGCGUUGCUAAGGAACUGCUUGUUUUGGAAGGAGAGAAAGCAUGGCUGACAUUUUUAAGUGACCUAGGUACAAAUUACAAUCGGUUCCAAAGAGCUGUGAAACUUCUGGCAACACUGGAUUGUUAUUUCGCCCUUGCAGAAGUUGCGAGCCAACCAGGAUAUUGCAGGCCACGACUUCUUCCAAAAGAACAAACCACCAUACAAGUGAAAAAUGGUCGACAUCCUGUUCUUGACCAGCUCUCCGGCUUGAAUUAUGUAUCUAACGACACAAACAUCAAUAUAUUUAAGAGAGCUUACACAUACCUCUUCAAGGAUACGGCAAGAUGUGUCAUAAUCACAGGCCCAAACAUGGGUGGCAAAAGUUCCUACAUAAGACAGGUGGCGCUGAUCAUCAUAAUGGCGCAGCUGGGAUCUUUCGUCCCGGCGGAAUCGGCCACGCUGAGCAUUCUGGACGGGGUUUAUGUCAGGAUGGGAGCUGAAGACAACCUUUUACGUCAGAAAAGUACGUUCUUGAUCGAGAUGCAGGAGACUUCGGAACUGCUGUCGGGCUGCACGGAGCACUCGCUCGUAGUGUUGGACGAAUUGGGACGUGGUACCGCCACACACGACGGAACGGCGAUUGCAGUGGCAACGCUUCGCUACCUCGUUGAGGAGAAACGGUGUCCCACGUUAUUUGUCACACAUUACCUGCGGGUCACGCAAUUGGAAGACACGUAUCCGGAGAAAAUAAAGAAUUUUCACGUCGCCUUCGAAGUUGACACUGAAGAGUCAGUGACAUUUCUGUAUAGACUGGUACCAGGAGCAGCCAAGAAGAGCUACGGGUUGAACGUCGCACUACUUGCCGGUGUCCCGCCCAGUGUUGUUGCCAGAGCACGUGUAAUGGCUGAACGAUUGGAAGAUGCUACGUUGAACAAAAGAUGAAUUUCAGCAGGGACACCCGAGGAAAUGUUGAAGCUCUAUGUUACCGUAAUGUGCAACAAGAGCAACAGAGAUUGUAUACAAGAUGUACAUAGUAAUUAAAGAAGAAAAACUUGGGUC